AUGCCUCUAUAUUUAUUUGCAAAACAUCACAGACCCAUAAGUAAGUCAGCAUCGCUUGCUCCUAAAUCUUACAAGGUUCAAAACUUUCAACCUUACAAUUUUGCCAUAUCGAACGUGUCAGGUGGCAAUUGUUGGUUGCCAUUCAUCAGAAUGACCAGUUGUCACAGCUCCUCCAACAGGAGGGAUGUCGUAUGCGCCAUCCAGAAGUAUCUUCUCCUAAAGAUAGGAAUGGUGUUGCUCUUUUUAAAUUAUGGAACUAUCACAAAAUUUUUCAACAGAAGCUUUGUCCAAUCAUGUGAAUAUCACAGGACUCUCGCCGAGAAAUUGGUCACGGUGGAAUGUGCUAUUUUUACAUUUGCCCGUAACUUAUUUGUUACAGCUUGCAAGUUUAUCUCUGAGGAGCGUCAGAUAUGA